UCGACGAACGCCUUCCGCGUCAGCUAGGAUCUGACAAGAAAAUGUCUCUCCGUGAUUAUGAAAUUUACUUACUCUUUGUUCUGCUGGUAAAGUUUCACGGGUCAGGGGGUGUAAAUGUGCGUUUCACUCAGGAACCUUCUAAUCCAAGCUACUUUAACAAUGGUAGUGAUGCCAACCUGGUGUGGAACUACACUGAUCCACUUAAUGAGGUUCAGGAUAUUCUCUAUAAAGUUGAGGUGGAUGGUGAAUUGAAGAAAAUGAUAGUUAAGAACAGUCAUGGUGUCCAAGAAAAUCCAAACAUUCCUCCAUCUUACAAAGGAAGACUUAAAAUUGAAGGAAGAGCUACCCUGGUUAUCAAGAACAUCAACCCUGGAGACAAUACCAAAUUUAACUGUGAACUCAUUGGAAGCUUUAUUAACACAUUUCAAAGUACAGUGAAGCUUAUUGUGACAGUGGGACCAAAAAUAACCCUCUCUUCAGGGAGAGAAUAUUACAUUGAAGGAUCCAAUGUCACCAUAGCCUGUGAAGCUUCUGGGGAACCACUGCCAGAUGUAGCAUGGAUUAGAAAUGGAGUACUGGCAAGUUCAGGGAAUAAAGCUGCGCUUUUAAAGUUCAAUAAUAUGAACAGAAUGGAUGCAGGACAAUAUACAUGUCAAGCCAAUAACUCAGUGGAAGUCACUGCCAUUGAUACAACAAUUGUAGUUCACUACCCGUCCACAAUUCAAAAUGUCACCACGUCAUCUAAGAAGUCUUGGAUUGGCCAGACAGUGACUUUGAAGUGUCUUUCUGAUGGUGUUCCUACACCAACACUCUCUUGGUACAAACCGAAAGGAAGUGGAAUAAACAAUGUCACAGCCAGAGAAAACGAAGUACAAGUGCCACUCAAGGGUGAUCAAGAUUUUGGUCACUACAAGUGCAUUGCUGCUAAUGGACUUCCUCCAUCUGAUGAGAAAUUAAUAAAGAUAAAUCAGAUAAAGAAACCAGGGAAAGCAUCCAUCAAAUCAGAAUCAGUCAUUCAAGCAACUUCUAUAACAAUACAAUGGACUGCACCAGCUGAUGGAGGAAGUCCGAUUACAGGAUUCCAAAUGAUCUUACAAAAGGAUGGAACUGAGAUAAAAAAGGUUAAUAUCACCGAUCCUGGGACGACAAGUUAUUCGUUUCCUGGUUUGGAGAAAAAUACCAACUACACAGUGAAACUGUUUUCCAGAAAUUUUGUAUUCGAGGGAGAUCCUACUGUAUGGAACAUUAAGACCAAGUUUGAAGGAGCCCCAGAUGUGGUCGAAAUAGACGAACUGCCAGAUGAAACAACAGACGAUACAAUUACCCUAAAGUGGAAGGAGCCAGAAAGUAAUGGAAAAGUUAUUACCAUGUAUACAGUGUACCAAAGAGUAGUGACUGAUGGGAAAGUGGGACAGUGGACAGAAAUAAAGAAAAUCAGAGAUGUUUCUGUGAGAGAAUUGAAAAUAACGUUGGAGAGAGGAAAGGUGUAUCAGUUUGCUAUUACUGCAACUAAUGAGCUUGGUGAAAGCCUAAAACAAGAGAAAGCAAAUAUCCAGCAAGUCAAAGCAAAAGAAGUAAGCACAGAAGUUUACCUGACAGCGACAAUACAGGAGAACUGUAGCAGACGUUCAGAAGUUGCUGAGAAAUUUCCAGAUAUGGCCUGUCAAAUUGCCUUUAAGUUUGGCUGCUCAUCCGCCAACACUGUGAACACCAGGUGUGGCAGUGUUGUUCUUGACUUCAUGAUGAGGUUCAAUCAAAGUGUAGUCGUCAGAAAUGUUUUGAUUCUCCUGUCACAUGCUGCGAGGCAAGACAAAUUCGGAGGUUUUAAAGUCAAUCCAGACUCAAUUAAACACGUUUUAAUACCUACAGAUGGCUCGGAAAGCACAACAAAAGGUCCUGAGGAAUGUAACUGCCCAUCUAACAACGUCUUGUUAGCCAUAAUUGGGGUUCUUGCCUUCACAAUCCUUCUUCUAAUUAUUUACAUAAUCUGGCUACACAGGAAAGGCGCUGUAGGGAAACAGAGGACUUAUGAAGAUGAAAGACGUGUUUUCGAAAAUGAAACAGGAUUAGAAGAUAUCGAACCAAGUCAGCGCGAUUCAAGAAAACUCACCCAGCCUCCUGCGGAAUACAUGGAUCUCGUAGAAGUCAACAAAGAUAAUAGAAAAGCACAAAGAACAGCUCCAGGUGCUGAUUACGUGCCUCUUCAUCCGUCAACACGCUGCUGGGAAGUUCCAAGACAUCACGUGACCAUAGAAAAAAUCAUUGGUAAAGGUGCUUUUGGUCAGGUUGCCAAGGGAACAGCAAUAGGACUUCGAGGGAGUCCUGAAACGACCACAGUGGCUAUUAAGAUGCUUAAAACAAACGCUUCUGAAUCGGACAAGAGAGAUCUGAUGAAAGAACUUGACACAAUGAAACAGCUAAAACCACAUCCUUACGUCAUUAAACUUCUGGGAUGUGUUACGGAAUCUGAACAGCUGUUGGUUUUGAUUGAAUAUGUGCCUUUUGGGGAUCUGCUGGGUUACCUGAGAAAGAGCCGUGGAUUAAAAGACACUUACUACAAAGACCCGGAUAUCAAACCACAAACUAAUCUGACGUCACAGCAGCUGAUAAAGUUUGCUUGGCAAAUUGCUGAUGGAAUGAGUUACUUAUCCGCAAAAUCUAUCAUUCACCGAGACCUUGCGGCCCGUAAUGUGCUGGUUGGACAAAAGGAAAUGUGUAAAGUGACAGACUUCGGGAUGGCCAGAGAUGUGCAGCAGGAAAAUAUUUAUGAACGAAAGACAAAGGGCCGUCUUCCCGUGAAGUGGACAGCUUAUGAGGCCUUAUUGUAUGGUAAAUAUACCACCAAAAGUGACGUAUGGAGUUAUGGAGUUUUGUUGUACGAGAUUUUCACCAUAGGCGGUUCACCUUACCCACGAAUGGAUGGAAGAAAAAUUGCAAACUUACUCCAGGAUGGAUACAGGAUGCCUAAACCUCAACACGUCGAUGAAAAAUUGUAUCAGAUCAUGAUGAAAUGCUGGGAGAAUGACCCAGACGCAAGACCAACUUUCAAUGAAUUGAAAAAUCAGCUUAAGGACAUGGAAACCCUGCACAAGAAGCUAAUUGACAUGAAAAUGUACGACAAGCAAUUGUAUGCAAACGUCGAGGAUUUAACGGUGUAGUUAGAUACACGUCUACGGUGUAUGACCUGCUAAUAUUUUGAACACUUCGCCUAGACAAGUUUCAGGGAUUAAUCAUCGUUUUCUUACACGCUUACUUGGUAGAAAUAGGCAUGUUGCGUUUAGCAGUUAGGCUGUAACACUUUAAUUCAAUUGACUUCAUAUUCUUAAACGCUGAAACGCUUUUAUAAGUUUACCGAUAAAGGUUACUCUCAUUUUCUCUUUAACAUAUUAAGUAUUUAUAUAUAUGCCUCGACACAAGCGUUUGAGUUCAGUUUAUUUUCUGGCUCAAUUCUGAGGUGGUGAUGAGAUCUCGCUCUGAAAGCCAUAGUUGUGUACAAUUUUAAUAAAUUGCUAAAAAACUUUGCCGCAAAACCCGCUUGUUUUUAGGAAAGCUAAUCGUGCGUAUAAAUUGCUUUCCCAAAGACCGCCUUUACUUGCGAUACCAACUCGAAAUACUUUUAUACGGAAUUCUAAUCAAAAUUAUACUUGGCACAUUACUUCUGCAAGAAAGUUUGUUGUUUGGCCUAAUAAGCCGAUAGUUUUCGCGUACUAGAUACUAUUACUCAACGAAACUGGUCGUAGGUACGGGUUGAAGUCUUUUUUUCUUGGAUACGUUGCUAAUGUAAUAACUUUAAAUUUUUACAUAA